AUGGAGGGCGGUUGUGGAUCCCAGUGGAAAGCGGCUGGGCUCCUCUUCUGUGUCAUGGUUUUUGCGUCUGCUGAGAGACCCGUCUUCACGAAUCAUUUUCUUGUGGAGUUGCAUAAAGACGGAGAGGAAGAGGCUCGCCAAGUUGCAGCAGAACACGGCUUUGGAGUCCGAAAGCUCCCCUUUGCAGAAGGCCUGUAUCACUUUUAUCACAAUGGCCUUGCAAAGGCCAAAAGAAGACGCAGCCUACCCCACAAGCAGCAGCUGGAGAGAGACCCCAGGGUAAAGAUGGCCCUGCAACAAGAAGGAUUUGCCCGUAAAAAGAGAGGGUACAGGGACAUCAAUGAGAUUGACAUCAACAUGAAUGAUCCUCUUUUUACAAAGCAAUGGUACCUGUUCAACACUGGGCAAGCUGAUGGCACUCCCGGGCUAGACUUGAACGUGGCCGAAGCCUGGGAGCUGGGAUACACAGGGAAAGGAGUGACCAUUGGAAUUAUGGACGAUGGAAUCGACUAUCUCCACCCAGACCUGGCCUACAACUAUAACUCUGAUGCAAGUUACGACUUCAGCAGCAAUGACCCCUAUCCCUACCCACGAUACACAGAUGACUGGUUCAACAGCCAUGGAACUAGGUGUGCGGGAGAAGUUUCUGCUGCAGCCAGCAACAAUAUCUGUGGAGUCGGCGUAGCAUACAACUCCAAGGUGGCAGGUAUCCGGAUGCUGGACCAGCCCUUUAUGACAGACAUCAUCGAAGCCUCCUCCAUCAGUCACAUGCCUCAAAUGAUAGACAUCUACAGUGCAAGCUGGGGCCCCACAGACAAUGGGAAGACAGUUGAUGGGCCCCGAGAGCUCACGCUCCAGGCCAUGGCUGAUGGUGUGAACAAGGGCCGUGGGGGCAAAGGCAGCAUCUAUGUGUGGGCCUCCGGGGAUGGCGGCAGCUACGAUGACUGCAAUUGUGAUGGUUAUGCUUCAAGCAUGUGGACGAUCUCCAUCAACUCAGCCAUCAACGAUGGCAGGACUGCCCUGUAUGAUGAGAGCUGUUCUUCCACGUUAGCAUCCACCUUCAGCAACGGAAGGAAGAGGAAUCCCGAGGCUGGUGUGGCCACCACAGACUUGUAUGGCAACUGUACUCUGAGACAUUCUGGGACAUCUGCAGCUGCUCCUGAGGCAGCUGGCGUGUUUGCAUUGGCAUUAGAGGCUAACCUGGAUCUGACCUGGAGAGACAUGCAACAUCUGACUGUGCUCACCUCCAAGCGGAACCAGCUUCACGAUGAGGUCCAUCAGUGGCGACGGAAUGGGGUUGGCCUGGAAUUUAAUCACCUCUUUGGCUACGGCGUCCUGGAUGCAGGUGCCAUGGUGAAAAUGGCUAAAGACUGGAAAACGGUCCCUGAGAGAUUCCAUUGUGUGGGAGGCUCCGUGCAGAACCCUGAGAAAAUACCACCCACCGGCAAGUUGGUACUGACCCUCCAAACAAAUGCAUGUGAGGGGAAAGAAAACUUCGUACGCUACCUUGAACAUGUCCAAGCUGUCAUCACAGUCAAUGCGACCAGGAGAGGAGACCUGAACAUCAACAUGACCUCCCCCAUGGGCACCAAGUCCAUUUUGCUGAGCCGGCGUCCAAGAGACGACGACUCCAAGGUGGGCUUUGACAAGUGGCCUUUCAUGACCACCCACACCUGGGGGGAGGAUGCCCGAGGGACCUGGACCCUGGAGCUGGGGUUUGUGGGCAGUGCACCACAGAAGGGAUUGCUGAAGGAAUGGACUCUGAUGUUACAUGGCACACAAAGUGCCCCAUACAUCGAUCAGGUGGUGAGGGAUUACCAGUCUAAGCUGGCCAUGUCCAAGAAACAAGAGCUGGAGGAGGAGCUGGAUGAAGCCGUGGAGAGGAGUCUGCAAAGUAUCCUGAGGAAGAACUAG